AUGGGUGGUAUUGGAAAGACAACUCUUGCUAGUGUUGUUUUCAAUAGGGUAUGUCAUGAAUUUGAAGGACUCUGCUUUUUAGACAAUGUAAGAGAAAAAGUCCAGAAAUAUGGCAUAAAUCAUUUGAAGAAAGAACUUGUAUCUAAGCUGCUGGACAUUAAAGAUGUAGAAAAAGAUGUAGUCUCUUUCAUCAUGCCUAUUGGGAUAACUGAUUUUGCCAAGAGAAGACUCCGUCGCAGAAAAGUUCUUCUUGUUCUUGAUGAUGUGAGUGAUUCUAAGCAACUGGAAGAUUUAUGUGGAGGACAUGAUUGGUUUGGGCUAACUAGUAGAAUCAUGGUGACAACUAGAGAUAAACAUGUGCUGAAUAGAGCCGAUCAUAUUCAUGAGGUUAAGGCAUUAAAUCAGGAUGAGUCUCUUGAGCUUUUUAAGUUGAAUGCCAUGAAACAAAACUACAUGGACACAGAGCAAGUUGAGCUAUCCAUGAGGGUUCUUAACUAUGCGAAAGGAAUUCCAUUAGCCUUAAAAGUUAUGGGUUUCUUUCUCUGUGGAAAAAACAGUUUCAGAAGAGCAGGUCACAUUUCUUCUUGA